AUGGCGCGUGACAAAAUAGCUGCGGAGCAAGCCUCUGCCAAGUUGCAGACGCAGACCGAGGCAGAGAAGUCUUCGGAAGCUCCCGAGGGACGGGCUUCCCCCACACCAGCGGGAUCUGGUGAGGGGAAUGGGGCUGGCAAGCGGCCGAUCAAGAAAAGGAAGACUCUGAAAACAAGGGUGCCAGUUGGCACGUCAAUGGGGCAGCGAACCAUGCUCAAGGACUACUUAAGGAUUCACAGGAUAGAUGUGGUGUGCCUUCAAGAAACUAUCAAGAACGACUUCACGGACCAAGAGCUCAGGAGUUUGGAGGUGGGUGAGAAUUUUUUCUGGUGUUGGCUUCCAGCCAAUGGUCAUUCGGGCGGUAUUCUGCUUGGCUUCAGGGACAGUGUGUUUGAUGUUGGAGCUGUGGACAUGGGCAAUUACUUCCUCAACGCUACUAUCCUUUGCAAGGCUGACAGAACUAAGCUGAUGAUCAUGGGGAUCUACGGCCCAGCCGAUCAUGCACGCUCCAAUGACUUCCUCUCUGAAAUCUCCCAGAAGAUAGCUCAGGUGGAGGUGCCGAUCCUCAUGGGAGGGGACUUUAACCUACUAAGGGAUGCAGAGGACAAGAAUAAUAACAGGAUCACCUGGGCCAGAUUGGACGCUUUUAAUGACGCCAUCGCUCGUUGGGGCCUUCGGGAAGUACCGAGAUCAGGGGCGAGGUACACUUGGACUAAUAAACAGUUGAACCCGGUUCGCUGUGUGCUUGAUAGGGUCUUUAUUGCUCCAGCUUUGGACCUUCAAUUCCCUCUGUGUUCUUUGGUGGCGGAAACAAGUUUGGGUUCUGACCACACACCGCUUAUUUUCGACAGCGGACAGGAGGUGAUUUGCAAGAGCAACAGGUUCUUCUUUGAAACGGGCUGGUUGGAAAGAGAGAAUUUUUGGGGGACCUUGUCCUCUUUCUGGGAGAGCCUUUCUUGCUCGGUCGGAGGAAGGGAUAUCCUCGACUGGUGGAAGUUUAUGAGCUCGGGACUCCGGCAAAAGCUUAAAGGGUGGAGUUCCAAUAACGGCAGAGAGGCGAAGCAGCACAAACAAGCGUUGUUGACCCAGAUCAAGGGGUUGGACGAGAAAGCUGACUCCUUUGGCCUUGAAGGCGAGGAAUGGGCCUACCGUUACCAUCUUGAAGAGCAACUCCUAGAGAUCUUCAGAGAAGAGGAGGAAUAUUGGCGGCAAAGGGGAAGAGUCAGAUGGUUACUUCAAGGAGAUGCGAACACUGCCUACUUUCAUGCGGUCGCCAAUGGGAGGCGCAGAAAAUGCAGUAUUACUCGCCUCAUCUCGCCCGAGGGGCCUAUCACGGACAAACAUCUUAUCCAGGAACAUAUUUAUGACUUCUAUCGGGGUCUGAUGGGAUCCACUGAACCCAGAGGUUGCUCCCUGGCCGCCAGAACUUGGGGUACGGAGGCCAGAGUGUCCAGAGCCGAGAAUGAAGAACUCUUGAGGACAUAUUCGGAGGCUGAGUUGGAGCAGAUCAUGUGUGAGAUGAAAUCGGAUACUGCUCCGGGCCCGGACGGCUUUCCAACUCUUUUCUUCAAGAAAUUUUGGCAGUUGGUCAAACACGGGGUGCUGCAUAUUGUGAACGACUUCUUACUGGGAAGAAUCGAUAUCGCUAGGCUCAACUUUGGGGUGCUUUCCCUGAUUCCGAAGGUUCCGGGUGCUGACCACAUCUCUCAAUUCAUCCCCAUUGCCCUUAUCAAUGUGAUUUUUAAAAUUGUUUCCAAAGCAGUGGCCUUUAAACUCGAUCCUAUUGCCAACAGAGUCAUUAGCCCUAAUCAAACAGCCUUUAUCAAAGGGAGAUUCAUCCUGGAUGGAGUCCUCGCCCUGCAUGAAACUGUGCAUGAGAUGCGGAAACAGAAAUCAGCUGGCAUCCUGCUGAAGAUUGAUUUCGAGAAGGCUUACGAUAGAGUGAACUGGGAGUUCCUCUCCGAGGGCGUGAUCCCGCAUCUGAUCCCUGGAGGGCUCACCCACCUGCAGUACGCCGACGAUACUAUCAUCUUGAUCAACGAUGACACCCAGAUAGCUAACCUCAAGUUCCUGCUGAUGUGUUUCGAAGAUAUGUCGGGUCUUAAGAUCAAUUACCACAAGUCUGAAGUGAUCGUGAUGGGCAGAGAUACUUCGAGACAGCAAGUUGUGGCGGACUCCCUGAAUUGCAAGCUAGGGACGUUCCCAUUCAUAUACCUUGGGCUCCCAAUCUCAGAUGGGAAGCUUACCAUGGAGCAAUGGCUGUUCCUCGUUAGAAAGCUUGCUGCCAAGGUGGAGCCUUGGUGGGGCAAAUUCAUGUCCUCUGGGGGAAGAUUGAUCUUGUCGAAUUCGUGCCUCGCCAACCUCCCUACUUUUGCCAUGGGGCUGUUCCUUCUUCAGGACGGCAUUCACUCCAAAUUUGACUCGCACCGUGCUAGAUUCUAUUGGGAGGGUGUCGGCCCUAAACGUAGAUACCACUUGGUGAAUUGGCCCGCGGUCUGCCGUCCCAAAGCCUUUGGGGGGCUGGGCAUUACAAACUCCAGGCUUAUGAAUGUGGCCCUGAUGUUAAAAUGGGUUUGGAAGCUGUACCAACCAUCAGUCGCUAUUUGGGCUAAGAUCAUAAAAGCCAAGUACCCGACCGCGGAGGAUAUCUUUGCAGGUCUGCGGGGGUCUGCGCCCAAUCCGUUUCGGCGCCACCUUGAUCAGGAGAACGUUAACAGUUGGCAGGAACUCAGAGAGUUGAUUGAUAACACCACCCUUUCUAGCGGUCCUGGCGAGGUUGUCUGGAACCUAGAGCAGUCCGGGACAUACUCUGUCAGCUCUAUGUAUGCGAAGCUGUCGCAAGGGACGACAGUGGCGCAUUUUAAGGACGUGUGGGCUGCCAAGAUCCCGCUCAAAAUUCGCAUUUUCUCUUGGCAACUCAUUCUGGACAGACUGCCCUCCAGUGCGAAUCUGGCUCACAUCCAUGGCCCUGCAUUGGAUGCCGCUGGCGAGAACUAA